GGCCUGCGGAGCCCACGCGGGUCCGCGGAGCGGCGUGGGGAGCCGGGCGCACGGACGCACGGACGCGCUCGGCCCGGCCGGAGGCAGCGGCGCGGGCUGCGGGCCAGGAGCUCCAGAGGGCGGGGCGGUCCAGCGCCCGCUGUGCCCCCCAGUCCUGCCUGAGUGGAACCGAGGGCCGGCCACUGUCCACUCCCCACGCCCGCUCUGCCCUCUGGCCCAGCCAUGGCACCCCUGCUCGCCCUGUUCCUGGUGGCCCUGGCGGGCCUGCCUCUGGCCCAGUCCCUGGACUGCCACGUGUGUGCCUACAACGGCGAGAACUGCUUCAACCCCAUGCGCUGCCCCUCCAUGGUCACCUACUGCAUGACCACGCGCACCUACUACACCCCCACCAGGAUGAAGGUGAGCAAGUCCUGCGUGCCCAGCUGCUUCGAGACCGUGUACGAUGGCUACUCCAAGCACGCCUCCACCACCGUCUGCUGCCAGUAUGACCUCUGCAACGGGGCCGGCCUGGCCUCCGCCGGGGCCCCCGCCCUCGUCCCCGUGCUCCUGGCCACCCUCUGGGGCCUGCUCUGAGCCCCGCUGCCCUCCGCGGAGCACCCUCCGCGGAGCUCCCUGCCGCUCCGACCCCCAGCCACGUCUGGGACGGCGGCCGAGGACCUGGGCCUCCAGCCCCAGCCCCGCCCUGAGCCCUCCCUCGGGCCGCCCCCCGCCACGGCCACGCUGUCCUUGUCAAACGGCGGGCGUGGGCCUGCCCUUCCGGAGGCUUCAGCCCUCCGUCCGCCCGGGAUGGGUGCCCAGCGUGCUGUGCUAUUUAUGGGGGCCUCGGGGCGCCCCCCUUCCUGGCAGCCCUGGGGG